AUGCCUCCAGUCAGCGGCGCAAAUGGUACCACCCAUUCUUGGGCAGCAUUGCCUCAAGCCAUGUCCAAGGCGAUCUCCUCUCUCAACAAGACGUUAGACAAAGAUCCCCAAUGGCAAGCCUUCAUCGACACCAAAGCCAUCAUUGAACCUGUGACAAUGGGUGUCCAGAGUCUUGGAGGAGAAGAGGCUAUCCUUGUCUCGGUGUCUCCCGGUGCCAAAACCACAACUUCGACCGGAUCUGCUUCCGAGGCAGAUUUUGUUCUUCGGGCCCAACCCGAACAGUGGGAGAAAUUCUUUGCUGCCGAUCCCGUGGCCCCCUAUACCAGCUUUGUUGGGUUACAGGGCAUGAAUAUAGUGCAGGAGGGAGUCGGCGUCGAUGGAGAUCAGGUGAAGUUCGCCCAAUUCUGCCACUUGGCUACCCGUCUUCUCGAACUCCUCCGAGAAGGCCAGAACGGGCCCUUGAACGAAGACGAGCAACCAGAGACCGAUGAAGACCACCUGACAGGCAAAUACAUCUACAUCAACGCUCCCGUCUGGGGGCGCACAAAGGUUUUCUAUGAAACUUCGGGCAAUGGGCCUCAGCAGAUCGUGUUUCUCCAUACUGCAGGAAGUGACAGUCGACAAUACCACGGUGUGAUGAACGACGCCCGGAUGCGCGAGAAAUGCACUAUGAUCGCCUUCGACUUACCCGCUCAUGGAAGGAGUUUCCCUGGGAGCAACCAUAUCCCGGGAAACCAUACGAAUAGCGAAGAUGCCUAUGUUGGCACCAUCAGGGAGAUGGUCAAGGCCCUGAAACUUAACAAGCCUAUCAUCUGCGGCGCCAGCAUGGCGGGGCAGGUGUGUGUAGCUGUCGCAAUCAGGGCAGAGGAAGUCGGCGCAGGAGGCACCAUUCCUCUCCAGGGAUGCGACUAUUUGACCAUGGAUCGGCAGUUUAAUGACAAGAGCCCCGUGUGCAACCAAGCCCUGUUCAACCCGGAUUGGGUCUAUGGCUUGAUGGCACCCAAGAGCCCCAAGGUCAAUAAGUUGCUUAUCUGGCAUUUGUACUCCGGUCAAGCAUAUGGCAUCUUCCACGGCGAUUUGGACUUUUACUUUGGUGGCUUUGACGCUCGUGAUCGUGUCUCUUCUAUCGACGUGAGGAAAUGUCCCAUCUACUUCCUCACUGGCGAAUAUGACUGGUCCACGACGCCAGAGAUGUCACAAGCGACGGCGAAGAAGAUCCACGGCUCGAAUUUCAAGGCCAUGAAGGGGCUGGGGCAUUUCCCUGCUACGGAGGAUAGCCAGAAAUUCGUUCCGUAUCUGCUCGACGCGAUCGACUGGAUCCAGAAGACCCGCACGUCCUAA